CGCGCUGUUACAAAAAUCCCUCCUUAGUCGUUGCUCUGCUCGUUUUCUCCUUCAUGCCGCAGCAGGUCUCUCUCCUCCUCGCCUUCAUCUAACCCCUCUCCCGCCGCUAGCCGCGCUCCUCUCCGCCGCCGUGGUCUACUCCUAGCGCCCGUCUACAGUGUCUCCAGUCACCCCUCCAUCUCCAAUCUCCAUCAUCUUCUAGACUUCAUUCCCCACCCCUAAAAAUGAAACCCUAAAUUCCGCGAAUUAUGGAUUGUAGCGUUCGUUAAUCCGAUUGGAUUGCAGCGGCGGAGCUGAUUUGCUUGUAUCUCUGCUGGCGCGGACUCCGGCGGCAAGGUGAUUGCUUUUCGAUUUCUUGCUUUAGGUAGAACUGAAUUGAUCAAAUAGAAAGUCGAUGAGCAUCCAUUUGUCUUGCUGUGAAUUGGGGAAAAUGGAAAUUGGGCGUAGUGGGGACAAAGAUACUACUGACAGGUUAAGCCAUCUUCCAGAACCGAUUCUUCAUCACAUCCUUUCGUUCAUGGACACUAUAUCUGCCGUUCAAACCUCGGUGUUGUCUCGUUCAUGGAACCGGGUGUGGAAACAUGUCCCUGUCCUAGAACUGUGUCGCCUUUCCUUCUAUGAGUAUUCGAGUUUCCUGUGGUUUGUGUGUAAGGUUUUGGACCUUCGUUAUAAUCUUAGUCUCCGCAAGAUGAGCUACUUGGACAACUAUGUGUAUAAACAUGAAAGGGGAGAAGAUGAUGAGAGUGACGCAUUGAUCACGGAGUUUCGAGAUAUUGGUGUGUGCAUGGAGGUCAUCCAAUAUGCUUUAUUCUAUGAUACUCAACAUUUAGUGAUCGACCUGGACAAUGAGUAUAAGGAUGUCCAUCAGAGUGACAGAUUUACGGGUUUGUUUGGGAAAAUCUUGAAUUGCAACCUCAAAACUCUAGAACUAACGUAUGUCUGCAUCGACGAUGGUCUUGCAUCUCGUGGUUUUCAAAUGCUGACGACUUUGAGAUUGCAACUUUGCUCUCUGGCUUCUGAUCAGUAUGAGGACUUCUUUUCGAACUUUCCCUCUCUGAAGAAUUUGGUCCUGAGUAUUUGCCAGCCUUGGGACUAUGGCAACUCCAUCGAGGAUGGUAGGGGUCUGAAGAUAUCUGGAUCCCAAUUGAUUAGCCUGACGUUGGAUUUUAUGGUGUGUUACAAGAUGGAAAUAUUUGCACCGAAACUCAAAUUCUUCAAUCUUGUGCAUGACUUGGAAUCCCUGGUAUCCACCAAGUUAAGCAUUCCUUCCCUCCAUCAUGCUGCUAUCCGGAUCCAGGGUUGGGACAAUUUCAUGAAGGACAACAAGGAAUGUGGGGCACAACGUUUCAUCUCUUUGUUCCAAGGUUUGAAUAAUGCGACAUAUCUGUCGCUGGAUAACUGCACCUUUAAGGCACUGAGGAAAGUUUCCGAGGUUCUGGAACAACAACAAUCCUCUCCCUUUACGAGAUUGAAGACGUUGAUUGUGAAGACUUAUUGUGGACGUGACGACGUACCUGACAAACUAGUCCAUUACUUUCUUAAAGGGUCGGCUAGUAUGAACCCAGAUGUUGAGUGUAUUUGGCCAUGUCGUGAACCAUUUUGCCGUGGUUGCUGAUUGUGGUACUCAUGCAUAUAGGUUGGAUUUUAUUUUUUUACAGAUCAUUUACCAGUAGGUCAUGAAUUUGUCCAAGUGAUUCAUGAAAGGUUCAAAAAUUGUUUUUUAUUGCAAUCCAUACCAUUUUGCUGGGUUGGCCACAUUGUCAACAUUUGUGAAAGUAGUUAAGUUUUUAUUCUUGGUUUGCCAUCUUCUUCAUGCUUUGUCCUUUGAUUUGAAGAGAAAGACCUCUCUGAAUAGUUUGUUUCUCCCUCAGUUCUGGACUUAUGCUACCAAGCUAACCUAAAUCAACUAUAUUCUCAAACUUAUGGGGCUUGUAAAUUAGCUCAGAAUUUAGCUCGCUUACUUCCUGGAAGGGUCUUCUGCUGCAGAACCAACUCUUGAGUUUAUAUAACGUAGUAUUGGUAAAGCAUUUUGCCGUAGUGUAGUUUCUGAUUGCUGUACAUGAAGAUUAUUUGCAUUGAGCUUCGUUGUAUUUACUAUUUACCACUCGAAGAUGAUUUGUGCAAGUGACUCUAGACCUAUUUGCUUAUUUUUUACUGCAAUCAUGUCAGCUUACUUGUAAUUUAUGGUUUCAUGACUUCAACUCAGCGCUUCCGUAGAUAUCUUUUUUAUCAGGAGCCUUUUGUCUCUGAAAGGUUUGGUCUUUCCUUAGUUAUGGACUUCUGGUGUUUGCCCAAAUGGUCCGUCUAUUUUUACUACUUUACAUGCUAGAUAAGAAGUAUUUAGAAGCCAAAGCAUGGUUGUGCUGCUGAAGUAUGAAACUUGACAGAAUACUGUCAAAUGAUAUUGUAUUAUAUCUUUACAUUGUGCCUUAGUGGUGAGUCUACUAAGGUAAGUAUGAACGGUUUGCCAACCAAUCCUACUGUUUCUGCUGUUUAUUGCCGCUUUCCCCGGAUGAGAUUGGUAUGGUUCAGCAUAUAUAAUAGAGGUUGCUGAGUAAACGUCUCUACAACAUGGAAUCAGCCUUGCAGUGUUGACAGUGGAGGAUACCGUAGUUUGUAGUCGUAGCCUUGCAGUGUUGCUGUUUUCCUUAAAACAGAUUAUCGUGAAUCACUUUGCUAUAUGUGUAGCAUGUUACCGUCGCCAUUUCUGAAGUAUGAAUUACUUUGUUCAUCUCAAAGAACUUGGUAGUUGUUGGUAAUUCAUUUACCUUUAAGUGAUGAAUUUGUCCAAGUAAUUCAUGAAAGAUACUCAAUUUGUCCAAGUAAUCAUGAAAGAUUUUCCUUCCCUAAUCUUAACCUAAUUCUUUUCUCAAAUCCCUAAUCCCUCUUGUCCAUUCCCAAAUCCAACCGCAUUCUAUCAGAAAUUGAAACACUUCAUCCUUGGCAGCAUUCUUGCACUUCAGAGUUCAGAUGUCUUAAGAGUUGCAGUCAUGACAGCAUAACUGGAAUUUAUGACUUCUGUACUUCAACGUUAAUUCUUCAUUCGUAUCUUCUUUGUCAGGAGCUCUACAUCUCUGAAAGGUUUGGUCUUUUCCCAGUUAUGGACUUGUGGUGUCUUCCUAAUUAACUUCUUACACGUUGGAUUAACUGAUGAUUUAGCUGUAUUUCUGAAGUAAUUAGAAACCAUUGCUGUGGCUCGUUAUAUAUAGGUUGCUGAGAACAUAUCUGGUACAGUUCGCUAUUCAGCCUUGCCUGAAAUAAAAGUAGCUUCUAGUGAAAACCCAUUUGGGCAUUGAAUGGUUAUAAUUUACCCAUCGUGGGUUAGUGCUUGACCCCAUCUUAUAAAGACAGUAUUUCAUC